AUGCUCGAUGCUAAUGAUCACAACAACAUGUUACUAGUUGACAAUACCCGUUCAUCAUCGGAAGCAGACUUAUUCAAGAGCAACCGCUUUCCGUUUUUGAAGCAAUUGCAAGAAUAUUUUUCGAAUUAUGUAAAUGAUGAUGAGACGAAGAGCAUAACAGCGGCAAAUCAAAUACUCUCGUGCAUCAAACUCUCGGAAUGUCUGAUCGAACAGUUGCAACAAGAGGAUGUGGAGUCCAUAUCGAUAGUGAUUGAAAUCAUUAAUAAUAUUUUGGACGUUAAAGGAAAGGAUUUAGUUUCUCGGCGUUUGCUGCAAGCACCAAUGAUGAUAAUUUUAGUUGCAGAUUCGUUCCGAUUACUUGCUCAUACUCAUCAAAUUGAAGAGAUAUCAAAACAACUAUUGGAUCUUUUGGUAGCGCUUCAAGAAUUUCUGUUUCAACACUUUCCUUCUGUUCACUCGGAAUACAUUGGAGAUUUAUGCAAAAUGAUUUCUCAACUCUAUGACAUUAAUUUGUUUUUUUGUCACAAUAAUGCUGAGUUGGCCGAUACUUCAGGUCUCUCAAUCUUAUUUCUACCGACACUAUUCAAGAAAUUUUACAAAAAGCUGGAUAGAAUUUGUAUGAUUCCUAUUCCCUUCGAGAAAACAUGUACAGAUAUACAAAAAUUUAUACUUUAUUUGCUGAAAGUAUCACUCGAAAAGCACCCAAUAUUGUUUUCACAGCAAAGACAGAUAUUUACCAUUGCAUGCCAGCAAGUACGAUUUUCGAGCAAUGAAAUCAAAAUAAGGGCAUUAGAUCUAAUCUAUCUGCUUUGUUUAUCCCAAAAUUUCGAGCCCACCAUUCACAAAUUUCUUAUCAACUUACUUGUAACUAUAUUCAACGUUGAGUCAAACUUUCCCUUGUAUAGAACCACAGAAUUUGACGACCUUUUGGCUAAAAUUUUAAAAAACUUUAGACCACAUUUACUCAAUGUUUUAGAGAGUUUUGGUGUGGAACGAAUGGAUAUGUUGGGAAUUCUGUCAAAAAAUUUAUUUGCAAACAUUUCUCAAUCCAAAAGCGACUCUCUCAAAAAGGAAAUUAUUCACACCAUAUGCUGGUUUAUGGACUACUCUAUCAAUAACUCAAAUUUUGAACUUGUUUUUUCGCAGUCACUAGUGAAAGACAUUAAUGAUUGUUUUAAAUUUCAGGCUUAUCAUGAUGAACUUGUCUACUUACUGCGAAAAAUUCUUUCAAUACACUAUGUUGACGGAACACCAACCCACAAAAGAAAAGAAUCACAAGCAGAUACGACAGAAGAUAAUUCUGCUAAAAAAAGAAAGUCUGAGAACGGAGAAGAUACUCAAAUAAGUGAAGACACCACAAACAUCAGUAUGACCUGUACUCCGUAUUCUGCUGAGUUUGGAUCAAGAUUUUUUGUUCUUGAUUACUUGGAACAAAGUGAACAAUUUUUCGAAACACUGAAAAGAGCCACUUCUAAUUUAUCUCAUAACGAAAUUCACCCUUUGUAUAUUCUAAUAAUGAGUGUUGCUCCUUUCAAUCAUAACAAGGAUAACACAAUUCUUGUUGAAUUGAUUAACAUUUUUUCAUCAUAUUUGAAGAAUACCUUAGAGUAUUCUGAAAAAUGUAUUAGAAUUAUUGACACAUUACUUGAAAAUGAAGCACUCAGUAAUGUCUCAAGUGAGAUUGUCAAUGAUAUCACUUCAUUUUCGAUUACAAUGCUCGAGCUCUAUGCAAAGCAGAUGGAUCAAGAUAUAUUAGAUAUGACCACAAAAAACUUAAACAGACUUUCUUCCAUAACAGGUCGUCAGGACGUAUCAUUGAUUUUGAAAGAAAUGCUUAUUAGAGAGGAAAAAUGUAAACGGGCAUUCAUCAAUAACUUGCCACUCAUGAUUAAGCUAAAAAAUACCACUUUCGAGGAAGUCUACUCAUCUAUGAGAGUUUUGUUCAACGACGAGUCAAAGACUCUACAAGAAUGUAUCUACAAUGUUUUACCAUUUGUUACGGAAGAGUUGGCCAAGAUGGGUUUUAAGUUUGAAAUGGCAAAUUGGGAUUUUAUAUUACAUGGACAGAAGUCGUCAAGUACAGAUUUAAGAAUAUUAUCGUUAGAUUCUAUCCUGCUUCUUUUUCAUUUUAUGACAAAAGAAGACUUUGAAAAAUAUAGCAAACGUUUGGAUUUCUGCAUGUUCGCUUUUGAUGAAAAUAUAGAGAUAGCUUCCCAUGCAGCAUCAAAAUUUUCAAAUUGGAUCUCUCCAAAUUCAAAUGGUAUCGUUCCAAUAGAAGUUUUACAUGGAUGUGAGGGCUCUAUUUCCACGCUUUUUAAUAAUAUUAAGGAGUUUCUAAAAACUCAUGCAUCUACUCACUCAAGAUUUUUAGUUCCUGUACUUAGAAUGAUAUUUGAAAGCUACAGCACACACGCUACAUUAAUAUCAGACAUUAUUAAGUUUUUGUUGGAUUUGGCUAUUGAUUUCAAGCAAUGCCCGUAUGUCUAUAUUGCAUUUAAAAAGCUUUCAACAAAAGAAGAACUAACUGUUAUGAAGUUCAUGCAAAACAAGAUUGGGAACGAAUUUUUUGAUAUUUUGUUCCAAAAAUGGGAGAAUCCCUCAACUUCUACCUAUUUACAAAAUGUCGCGCCCUCUCUAUUUGAUCUAGAUUUUACAACAAUAUCCAAAAGAAUAUUAAGAAAAGUUCUUCCUGAAAUUGUUGUUUCUGGAGAGCUACACUCAAAGUCUGCAAAGUUGGUGUCUAUGACAAAUAACCAAAUAAGGGACUUACUUGUGGAUCAUAUGGAGAAAAUUUUGUCUGCUUACCUGAAAUGCAGCAAUAACCCCAUCAAAGAUCUUCAUAUGUUAACAAAGGAAUGGAGUGUGCCAUUAGAGAAUCAUUGGGGCAAAUUUUCUCUUGGAGCCAUUAAGCAUUUAGUGAUGGAACUUGGAUUCAACAAAGAAAUAGACACUAAGGUAAUUAAUUGCAUCGAUCAACUGGCCCAAGUUCAAAGGAAAUCAGUACCCUCGCUAUUAUCAUCCAGCAUUUCUGGAGUUACAAUAAUGAUUGCAAAAUGUUUCAAGAAAUCCAAUACUGAAAAACAGAAGAGAAGAGUUUCUAUAAUUCCAAGUUUAUUGAAGCUUUUAGAUAAGGAAAUUAUUGUUUGUCACAAGGCAUUACUCGAGCUUUUUUAUAAUGUGUUGUUUACAUGCUCCUUUAGAGAAGAUAUUUUCCCAGUUUUUGAUGAAUUGACAGCCCAGCUAGAAAAACAUUGUCCAGACCAACUUCUCACCGCUUUUACUCAUCUAUGCGAAUUAGUGGAUGACUCUAACUUUGGAAAACAGUUGAAAGACAAUCUUGUUAAAAUGUUGAAAACUGAAAAAGUAGAUCCAUCAAAAGUACAAAUUCCUAGCUCACCACUACUAUCAGAGUUGCAUGACAUAAUUAACAAAGCUCUUGGUGGCUCUUUUGAGAAGAGAAUAGAGUCUCUUAUUGAGGGAAUUGAACAACCGGAAGUGACAAUUAAGCGAAACUCUUUGCUUUCUCUAACAAAGGUUCUAAGAGAAACCAAACCCAAGAUUCAAAAGAUCAUUCUUUCGAUGUUUGACCAAGAAUAUAAUAGUUCAAACAUUAUUAACAGGAUGGUAACGUCGCUCCUUGCUAACUGUAGCCACAUCGAUGACAAAAUUAAGAAUUUCAGUGCAAUUGCUCUUAGCGAGCUUGGAGCCAUAGAUCCCUCUGUAUUGAAUAUUGAACCUGCAAAAAUUGGAAAUCCAGAAAAGGGUGAUGUUGAACUUUUAGAUUUUUUAAUUAGAUAUAUAGAAAAUUGUCCUGCAACUCCUAAUCAAGCAAACUAUGCAAGGCAAGAGUUGAUGAAAGUGCUUUUCGAAGUUGAUUCAAAAUAUUUGAAAGAAAACUUUAAGGACUAUUUGUCUCUAAAAGAGCAAGGCCUUUCUUUGAAGAAUCAAAAAGUUCAACCAAAUACGACAAAAAGCCUCCCAAUAUUUAAGGAAAAUAUGCAACACCAUACUUGGCUUAAAAAUUGGUCAAAGUAUUUAGUGACAAGAUCGAAUAUAAGCUCCUUUAGAGGUAGAACCUUCUUAGCUGUACGACCUCUUUUCAACAUUGACAAAGAACUUGUGAAAAUUGUAUUUCCAUAUUUGGUUCACAACGUUUUAAUGACAGGAGAUGAUAAAGAUAGAGAGGAUAUUAAGCAAGAAAUUAUGAAUGUAAUUAGCUACGACGUUUCAAAGUCACAUAUUGGAGAACAAUAUAGAACAUCUGAACAUGCACAAACUAUUUUUUGCUUAAUUGACGAUCUUAAGCGAUGGUUUGAAUCCAACAAACACUUUUCAGAAAAGUAUAAAGAGAUGGCAAACAAAGCAGAGGCUAUAAUUAAUGAUAUUCCACUUGACUCAUUAGCCUCCACAGCUUAUAACCAUUCUGCAUUUUCUAGAUCAUUAAUGUACUUUGAGUCAUUUAUUCGGAAAAUGAAUAAGCCCAUCAGCGAGCUUCCAUCCGAGGUUUUGCAUAAUUUGCAACGAAUUUAUUCUGAACUCAAAGACAGAGAUAGCAUGGCAGGAAUUGCUGCAUUAAGAACUGAGACAAAUAUUAAUGAAAGUAUUUUAGAUAAGGAAGUCGAAGGUAGAUGGGAAGAAGCUAGAGAUUUAUAUGGAAUUAUGUUAGAGCAAAAUUUGGACAAUGUAGACAUUCUAUCAAACCUCAUGAAAUGCUAUAUCAACUUGUCACAAUAUACGACACUCUUACACAUUAUUCAAGGUAGUUCGUUAGAUAAGAAUUCCAAAGCUUCCUUUGCUAUACAAGCUUUUUGGAGAUUGUGUUCCUGGAAUAAUGUUGACAGUGUGUUUGAAGAUGCAAAUCCAUCUUUCGAAGUGUAUCUAGCAAAAGCGUUAUCUUCAUAUGUAAGAAAAGAAAAAGAGCAAUUUGAAAUGUGUAUACAAGCUGCAAGGAAAGAAAUACUUCCAUCUCUAUCUGCAGCAUCCACUGAAAGUUACCUCAGAUGCUAUCCUGAUAUCAUCAAACUUCAGGCGCUUUCAGAGUUGGAAAGAGGUUUCAAAAUUUUCUUGAAUGAUGAUGGAAACAGAAAUAUUGCCACUGAACUCAGUGAGUUUGUUGGUAUUUUAGACAAAAAUUUGAAAAUCACUACCAGCUCCUCUGCAAAUAAGGAACUUUUAUUUGCUGUGAGAAGGUGUAUGUUCACAAUUCACAAUCUCAAUGAUCAAGUUUACAAGACUUGGGUUCACAUAUCAAAACAAGCAAGAAAAGAAAAGCAAUAUGGAAUGGCACUACAUGCUAUUACACACGCCAUUGAUUACCAUGUUCCUCAAAAGAAAAUUGAGCAAGCCAAAUUGUUAUAUGAAAUGGGAGAGUCACAGAGAGCUCUUUCAUUACUUUCCACAUUCAGUUUUGAUGCUCCAAGUAUGAGCCUCACACAAACAAAGAGAGAUUCACUAAUGAAGGCAAAGAUCAAGCUCAUGAAUGUCAACUGGGAGAAGGAACAUAAGCCCAAAGAUGUGGUUAUUGAAGGUUACAACCAAGUGAUCAAACAAGAUCAAUAUUGGGAAGAAGGCUACUUUUAUUUAGCUUCAUAUCUUGAUAACAUCUUCAUCGCCAGACGAGAGAAAGAGAAAGAUGCUCAAUAUGUAAAAUCCGAACUUCCAAUGAUUAUUCAAAACUACGGCACGUCAUUGCAAUAUGGUGUGAAAAACAUCUAUAAUGCUCUUCCCAGAUUAAUCACGCUCUGGUUGGACUUUUCAGGUGCUUCAGGAGAUGACAAGAAGAAUGUUGUUUAUAAGAAAGUUCAAAAUAUUAUUGAUAAGUUGAUUAAUGAUCUUCCUGUGUUUGAAUGGACAAUAGCAUUGCCUCAACUCAUCUCUAGAAUGGUUAGUAAGAAUGAAAUGGUCACCAGUAGCAUAAAGAACAUUCUCGUAAAGGUACUGAUAGCAUUUCCAGAAGAAAGUAUUUGGAGCAUUGGAUGCAAAACUGAUAACAAAGAGCGGCAAGAUGUUAUUGACAGCAUCAUUCAAAUGGCUAAAUCACAAAUAGCAAACUCUGGAUCAUCUUCCAAAGCAGUCAAGUGUAUCCUAGAUCAGCAAGAAUCCACAUUAGAAGGAUUCAGAGAACUUUGUAUGAUAUAUCUUGGAACAGGUGGAAAAACAUACAAUUUGAGCUCAAUCACAAAAAAGAAAGGUCAUGAAGGUCAUCUUAUGGUCAAAAAUAAUGAGCAACCUAUCACACAUGUAUUUUCACAUUUAGCAAAGCUUAUUAACAAACCGAAUACCAAUUUUAUAGUACCUCUCCAACGCCUCACUACUGUAGAAUUGCAAAAAGCAAAUCUAUUUACCGAAGAUGGAGGACUUAGAUCAGAUUAUUCACCUUACUCUUCUUCAAAAGUUUACAUCAAAAACUUUAAAGAUGAGGUUGCGGUCAUGUCAUCUUUGCAAAAACCGAAAAAGGUUGGAAUCUAUGGAAACGAUGGUCGUUUAUACAACUUUUUAUUCAAAGCUCAUGAUGAUUUGAGAAAGGACAGUAGAAUGAUGGAUUUCAAUAGUGUCAUCAACAGACUACUGAAGCGUGACGAAUUGACAAGAAACAAAAGACUUUAUUUGCGGUUGUUCUCAGCUAUUCCUCUUUCCAACAAGACAGGUCUUGUCGAAUGGGUUGAAAAUACUAAUGUAUUGAGAAGCAUUUUGGAUAAUGAAUUUAACAACAUGGGCAUCACAAGCAAUGUUCAACUCCUGGUGACUAGCCUACUCCCUAAAAAUCCCAAGAAUGCUCAAGACUAUGCAGAGAUGGUUUACAAAACUAUGACUAAAAAGUAUCCUCCAGUAUUUCAUAACUUUUUCCUCCAUCAAUUCCUGGAGCCUAAUCAAUGGUAUCAAUCAAGAUUGAACUUUGCUAGAACAACUGCUGUUUGGAGCAUGGUUGGUUAUAUUGUUGGACUUGGAGAUAGGCACUGUGAAAACAUUCUUAUUGAUUUGAGAUGUGGUGAUGUUGUUCAUGUUGAUUUAGCCAUGCUUUUCGAAACUGCCAAAUAUUUAACUGUGGGUGAACGAGUUCCAUUUAGACUCACUCGAAACAUUGUUGAUGGAAUGGGAGUGACUGGUCAUGAAGGAGUAUUUCGCUUUACAUGUGAAGCAACACUUGAAAUCUUACGAAAGAAUUACCAGACACUCAUGAACGUACUUGAUUCAUUCAUACAUGAUCCUUUGCUGGAUUGGAAUCAAUUGGCUCAGAAAAAAGAAGCUGCAAAGAUUAGAAGCGAACACGACGUGGAAGGAAAUUACAAAGUUAUUGAGAUGAAAUUGAAAGGGUUAAUUGGAGACAAUGUUCUACCUUUGAGUGUACAAGGUCAAGUGGAUCAUCUUAUCAAAGAAGCUACCAAUGAAGCUAAUCUUAUGGCCAUGUAUAUUUGGUGGAUGCCUUAUCUGUAA